UUCUUGUCAGCGGUCAGAACAUACCAAACAAGGCAAGAUCUCCUGCUGGCCUCACUGCCUCAGCCGUCUGCACUGCAGGGCUCUGAAGGGCCCAGACAGGCCAGACCGAAAUGCAGAGCCUCAGGCCUGAACACUUCCGGGGACUGCUGGAGCCAGAGAGGAUCCAGACGCUGCUGCCUCAGGAAAGCAAGGCCUGGGGGCAGCGCGGCACCUUCGUUCAUGACUGGGUGGCUGUGGAAGUGGGCGUCAGUGACAGUGAGGACAAAGAGUCUCCUGAGGAGGUAGAUUUCUCCCAGGAGUGUAGCCCCAUGGAUGAGGAUGAGGAAGAGCAGGAGGAGGAGGAGCUAGAGGAGCACCAGAGCUUUGUGGAGUGGCCAAGAGCAGCACAGCACUUGCCCGUCAUGCUGGCCGUUUGCGUGCUCUUCCUGUUCCUGGUUCUGACGGGGAUGCCCAUGAUGCUGAUGCUCUAACUGUCCAGUCACCAUUGGUGUAUCCAGGGUCAUGCUGGAGAGUGGCCGCUGCC